AUGAAGACGUUAUGGCUGAUGGUGCUCCUCGCUGGCGUCGCAGUGAACGCCCAACGUCGACUUGCUCUUCCUGAUCCACGCAGUUGUGCCAAUCGAGUACGGCACGCCACAUAUAGAGACGGUAGAGGCGUCGCUCAUUCGUACUUCUUCAGCUGGGAGCAUCAACCGACCAGAAAUCUUGAGGUGGACUGGCUCGACUCGCGUAACAUCUGCAGAAGACAUUGUAUGGAUGCAGUUUCACUUGAGACGCCGCAAGAAAAUGAGUUUAUUAAACAGAGACUUGUUCGUGGAAACGUGAGAUACAUUUGGACGUCUGGACGUAAAUGUAACUUCAACGGCUGCGACCGACCAGACCUUCAACCGCAAAAUGUCAACGGAUGGUUCUGGUCUGGUUCAGGAGCCAAAAUCGGCGCCACCACGCAACGGAAUUCCGGCGACUGGAGUCACACCGGUGGAUACGGACAGGCGCAACCCGACAACCGCGAGGCUGCCCAAGGCAACGACGAGUCCUGCCUGUCGAUUCUGAACAACUUCUACAACGACGGGGUGAAAUGGCACGACGUCGCCUGCCACCAUCGAAAACCGUUCGUCUGCGAGGACAGCGACGAGCUUCUAAACUUCGUGGUCUCCAGAAAUCCUGGCAUUCGCCUUUAA